CAUGGCGGACGUAAUAGAUCAUUUUGGUCCGUUUGUUAGUUUCAACACGAUUACUCGUUUUAGAGGCAUUAUUGCUUGUUUGGUCCUCUCAGUGGCCUAUGUUGCAAGCCUGUAUGUUUUAAAAUCGCCUUAUCCCAGAGAUCAUCCUAAAACUAUCAAGCAGAGAUUCAGAAGUGUCUUUGUCAUAUCUCUGUUGGCUCCAUUAUAUGUUUGGCUUUGGGCCGACAGAUCUCUAGAUUAUAAUGGUAUCUCCCUCUGGAAAUAUAUGGGAAUCCACUCAGAAAAUAUCUUUAUAGCUAUUCUUUUUCCUUUGGUUUUAACAUUGAUUUUAUUUCUAGGACCCAUCAUAUUGCUGUAUUUCAGUGGUGACCCUGGGAAUGUGAAAGGCUUUCUUGAAUAUCCAUCUAGUUGGGUUAAUGCCAUUAACUUGAGGAACUACCUUGUGGCUCCCCUCACAGAAGAGCUUGUGUACAGGGCAUGUCUUGUUCCUCUGUUAGUUCCAGGGUUUGGAAAUGCCAUGCCAAUUUUUAUUUCUCCAUUAUUCUUUGGAGUAGCUCAUAUUCACCAUGUCAUUGAAAGAUUACAACAAGGGGAGAACCCUAAAGAUGUAUGGUCAACUGCAAUUUUUCAGUUUGGUUAUACAACAGUGUUUGGAGGCUAUACGGCUUUCUUGUUUUUAAGAACUGGUCAUCUAAUUGGUCCAGUUUUGUGCCAUAGUUUUUGUAAUUUCAUGGGAUUUCCUCCUCUUGAUCAAGUACCAAGCUCCAAGUAUCCACGAAUCAUAAGCGCUUCAUUUGUGGCCGGACUGGUAGUGUUUCUUAUCCUGGCUGUACCUCUAACAAACCCAGUUUGGUACAAUUCUGUAUAUUAUUCCUUGCAAGCCAAUGAUGGGGGAGAAUGACUUCCUAACAGGUCAUUUUUUAACAAAAACAUCCCGAAGACGUCUGUACGUGGAAUCGAUCGCUAUCGCAGAAUUUUUAACGUUUAUUUAGGGUAUUUCUUCCAAAGACCUCGCCCUCAGUUAUAUGUAAUUCUACCCGUAACAGAAUGGCAUUUUGAAGUAAAAUAUUUCUAGAAAAUUCAAAUAUUUAAUGAACGCGGUGAUCGAGGUAAUUUAGUUACUUAACAAAUGGAUAUGAUAGUAAUCAGUUUUUGCCAUUUGUUCGGAUGAGUGGUAAAUAUCAUGAAGAAAGAAAUAUUUAAUGAAGUAGAAGAUUGAACGAAAAUCAGCAGUGGAGACGUCAACUGUCUCGUGCUAUAUUUAUAUACAAACAAGGCAUACAAAGAGCUUCGUGCAGAUUUCUUUUCAAUCAUAAUUCACUCUUUGUUAAUACUGAUGUCAGAUUUCUAGUGAGAUGAAACGUUUUGUCUAUGUUAUUAAAAUGAU